CCCUCCUUUCUGGUGACAGUGAGAGUAUAAAUUUUAGCUGGGCUCUGUCCCUGCACCACACCAAAGGCCAACAUGAAGACAGUCACCGUCUUUUUUCUGCUGGCUUUUGUCGUCAUGGGGCUGGAGGUGGCCUGGGCUCAGAAGUCUCCUGGCAAAGGACGACAGAGACCUGGAUUCUGCCCAGAGUUGCCCAAAGGUACUAUCGGAACUUGUGUCGAAUUGUGCUCAGGAGAUGAUUCCUGUCCCAAAGGAAUGAAAUGCUGCAGUCAUGGGUGUGGUCAUUCCUGCACAACUCCUGUCUUCCGAAAGGGUGGCUCUGGUGGCCGCGGGAAAGUUGGGCAGAAGGUUAACUGAGCAUGCCUGGAGACCAGCCCCAGAAGAUUUCUCAUGAAUCUAUGGAUUUGGUGCUUGGCAUAACUACAAGACUUUCACAUCCAUUCCCGACUCUUUUCUAUGCCUGGAAUUGUAGCCCUGGAAGAUGAAGAUCUCAAAUGGUGGGAUGACUGCUUUCUAAAGAGCCUGUGUGGAAAAUAAACUAUAUCUGGAGCAUAAAUGGGCUGUGUCC